AUGUUCAAAUUGUGGUGUAAAUUACCAUUUGAUUUACGAAAAAUGAUAAUUAAUCAAAUGGAUUCAAAAACUCGUUGUAUGUUUGGCGGAGUGUCGUUUGAAUGUUUUCAAGAUUUUUGUAGUUCGAUGGAUUUCAUCAAAAGAAUUCGAAUAAAUUCGACAGAAAAUGGUUACAAGAUUGUAAUUUAUUACAGAAGUAAAUCUUAUUUUUCUAUAGGAAUCUCGAAAAUCGAUGAAACAAAUACUUUAACAUAUUUUCUGUGAGUCAAUGUUUUCCCUUCAAAAAACAAAAAAUAAAUAAACAAUUUCAGACUCAAAGGUUCUGAUAAAUUCUGCUGGGAACGAAAAGAAAAUAUAGAAUUCAGAACUGUCGUUAUCGAUUUUUUCAACACUGUAUUUUAUAGAUGUCGAAAAACUCUAGAAGAAAUUGAGAUGGAUGUGAAAAACUUUCCAACUGAAUCAAUCAAUAUUCGAAAUUUCGAGAAUCUACACAAAAUCCAUUUGAAGACUGGUAAUUCGGUGGAUUUUCUAGAUUCUGGAUUCGUCAGAUUCGAGCAAGUGAGUUUUGAAAUUCGAGAUUUUUCUUGAUGUUCAAAUUCAGUUGAAUUCAGAUUCGAUCAGCAACGACUUCAGUGAUUCUUUCAAAUACAAAACUAACAAUCAAGCAGAUUAUCCAAAUUCCAAAAUUGUAUAUCAAUCAAAUGGAAUUGACUGAGCAAGAAAUUCUUCAAUAUUUUGAAUUUCUGAAGAACUUGAGAUCUGAAGAGAUGAGAUGUUUAACAAUAAAUUUGAAAGAUCAGAAAAACCCUUUGAAAGUAUCGAUAAAACAAAAAAUAAAAGAGAUUUUCGAAAAUGAACAUCCAAUGAAAGAGUAAGUUAUAAUAAGUCAACGAUGAUUUUAAGAUUAUCAAAAUUCAGAAUCCCAUCGCAGAACAGUGAGGAAUUUCAACUAA